CUUUCGGGCUUGGAAAUGUACGAUCCUUUGAAUGCGCUGAAGCUGUUCCUCGAAGCUCCCUCCUGCCAGCAGAGUCCAGAGGCUGCAGCUGCUGGGAAACAGAAAUCGGGCAGCGCGCGGUGGGCGUGGAGUGACGAAGGGAAAACGAAACUUUGCUAAUUCGUCUAUAGGAAGCAGCCGAGCUGCGAAGAAAAACGAAACUUUGCUGGUAUUUCUGGCUCCGGUGAUCUUGGGCUGUGCGUACAUUUCAGCGGAGAGCGGGCUGUGGAGAGGGCACCAUCGGUUGGACUCUUUCAGAAGUACACUGAGGUGACCAGCAAGGCAGCUUUUCGUGUGGCAGGCUGUAAAAAAAAAUCUUCAUCCUGGGGCGGCGAUCGCGCAAGAAGGACAUUAAAUGUCCUACAUGUACUAAGGCUCAAAAUGCAUCUAACAACUUCUGCAGUAACUGUGGGACUCAGCUGACUCCUGUCAGUGUGCAAAAUAACAGAGAUGCAAGGCUACCCUCAGAGCAAGCGAUGGAGCCUGGGAGAGACUGGAGGGCAGCGAGCUCCCUUUCCUUGGGAGCUUCUCUGGAGGAACAGCCGCCCGGUGUGCAGGCACAGAAGGGACCAGAAGAGUCUCUGUCGGAGAAUUUUGGGAGCCAGGACUCCCUCUCACGGAAAACAGUAGUAAUCACGAUGAAUCCGGUUGACUGGAUUGCAAUGAAUGCAGAUGAUAACCCUCCUUCCAGAAAGAGGAGAAGGGAGAAGCCAGUCCUGUAUAAGGGCAGCAGUCCAGGCUCAAGUCCACAGCAGAAAAGGAAGAAAAAGAAAAGUAAAGUUUCAAAUGUUGAACUUCAAGAUUCCUUGACACCAUCCUUAAGUUCAGUACCAUCCAGUCUUGAUAGUUCUGUAAGCCCAGGAACGACAGAUUCAAAAAUCCCACCGAAAGAAAGUCCAAAUCCAGCAGCUAAGUUGACCAAACCAGAGUCUACUGGUGACAGGGGAAAUCAGGUUAAAACCAGUGAUUUGGACACAGAUCAAAAUCUAGAACUUCUUGCAAAAACUCAUGGUGGCAGUACUGAUGUCAAGGCUAGAUCAGAGCAAGAUAUUAAAGAUGGUGCAGCAGGUCAACACUUCAGCACUACAGCCAUAGUGGGGAAGAUGGAGGUGGAAAGCUCUAAAAAUGAUGAUACAAUUGGUGAACAGACAAGUGUUAGUGAAGAACCAAAUAAAGUAAAUUGUAUUUCAAGUGAUCAGUCUCUGGAAAAUACAUUGAAUGUUCAGAAUUUGGUUGGAAUUGUAGCACCGUCUGUUCCUGAAGGAUGUGAUGACAACAUAUCUGUAGAUCUUCACUGUAAUGUUGAGUCAUCUGAAAACAAAGGUGCCACAUUGAGUGCGGAAAAUCAAAACCAAGGAAUGAAGAGAACUAUGCCUGAAUCUGAAACAAGUUUGACUCAUAAAACAAGUACUGAAGAGGUGUCCAAGCAACAGAGGAAUGCUUCAGUCCCAAAGAAAACAAAGCUGGAAGAGGAAACUAAAGCAGAGAGAGGGCGUGAAGGGUUGAAAGACACAGCAACUCCUGUGGAAGAAUCUUGUGGAAAGGGAAAUUGUGCUGAUCUUGCAAAUCAGAAGCAGCAGCAGGCAAAUCAGAAGCAGCAGCAGGCAAAUGAGAAGAAGCAGCAGGCAAAUCAGAAGAAGCAGCAGGCAAAUCAAAAAGCUGAGAAUCAGCAGACAGCCCAAGAAAUCGGUGCAGAUGAACUGAGCUGUGCCCCUUUUGAUGAUGUUAUUACAGUGUAUUUUCAUGCCAUACUGUCAAGGGAUUUCAAAUUUGAUCCUGUGUUACACAAAAUCUUCAUCCGGACAGGCAUUGCUGGUAAAGAUAAAUGGACGAACUUCUGUGAGCUGCAUUGCUCAAAGGACCUUGCUGAGCAUGGUUACCUAAUUGAAGGCUGUGGUAUGAUUCCUAAGAACUACCUGGACCAACCAAUCGCGUAUAAAUAUUACAUUGCACGUGGGAAGCAAGGAGAACAUGAAUUCAUUUACAAAAAAGGUCCGAAAGAAACAAUAGUGAAUCGUUGUUUGAUUAUACAGUCACAGUACCUGAAUGGUACAGCAGACUGGCAUCAGUAUGAUGACAUUGUAUGCGCUGCACCAUCUGAAUCUAUGUGGACCACUAUUAAGAACAAUCUUCCAUUUUGGACAAAAUCAGAGAACAAUACUGUGAAAGGAAAACAAAUAGCAGCUAGAGUGAUGCUGGACAGCCUCUUCAGUAUCCUGAACACCUGGACCCUCAACAAUGUCAAGAACUUUCUCUUUCAGUUCAGACAUUUUUACGUAGUGAAUAUUAAACCAAUGAUACAUGAGGGAGGACCAAAGGAAUGGAGAGAAUUAAAGUUUGGAGAAGAACAGAUGAAAGCAUUAAUACUGGAUUAUUUGAAAAAAAUAGUCCACGACAGUGCAAAUUGUACAGUCCAAAAUAAGCUGGGCCUGGGAUUGAUUAUUCUUCUACUUGGACAAUGUUAUCGUCUUCCAACAUCAGAGACUGACCUGGAACAGUUAUGCAGCAUUCUUUGUUUAGAUAAGCCACCAGUAGAUGUGAUGCAUGAAGUGUAUGCUCUCCAAAAAGUGUUUUCAAGUAUUACAAGAAUGGAACUCCAUUUGAUGACGUUUUGUGAUAUCUGUAUCAAACGUGGGAUUCACCAGUGGUUGUGGACAAUUCCCAUUCUCCAUAUAUUUACUUCUAAGGAGCUUAACAAUGUUCAACUGCAUCCCCCACUUCAAAAUGAAAAGAAAUGGGCAGGAUUAGAAGACCUUCCAUUCAUUGAAUACAGAGAUAAAAAGGAACAUCAACAAAUCUUGUUAGAACGAAUGAAAGAAAAGAAGUAUUUGUUGGAAAGAAACAGAUUACUCUUCAGGUCAUGGUUUUCCUUGCUGCCUCUACAGAACUUAGUAGAAUUUGUCCAUAACUCUCCUGCUGAUCUCUUGGACUGUCUUCCAGGAACCUACUAUAGACUGCAGGGUAUGAGAUCCUUGCAGUCUAAUUGUAAGGAGAUAGAAAAACUUCUGGAGAUGGUGCUAUCAUACAGCACUGGUGAACAAAAAUUCACACUGCAGCAGAACAAUUGGACAUUCUUGCUUCAUGUUUGCCUAAGCCUUUAUCAGAUGCUAUGUGACAAAGUCCAGACUAUUUACCGAUACAAGAUACUAGUUAAAUCAGUGCAGAUUGUUUCAAGCAUCCUUGGACUUGAACCUGAGAAGGUUUCAGAACAAAACACUUCAAAGGUACACCAAAAACUUUGUGAAAUGAUCAGGAAUUGGAUUCGGAGAGUUUUAACAAGACCUUUGCUAAAUGUUUCCUCUUCAGUCACGUUUACUUUUUCGAUGGAACUUGAGGCAUGGGAUCAGUUUUUGAAAAUAAACUUUCCUGAUAAAAAUUUCACAGAGGAGUGGAAGAAAAUUUUAAUGGCAGAAUUGGAAUCCAGAAUCAAACAGGAAAUUGCCAUUCAGCGGAUUACAGCCUACUGUGAUUGCCAGGAGAAGUUUGAAAACCUUGACCCCAUGAUUGGCAAAGCUUUUGAAAACUGUGCCAUAGAUGCUAUUGAUUCAGCAUACCAGGAAAAAGGUAACCUCCUUGAUUUGAUAUCCACUUACGACCUAAACAAUCUGGGCCAACUUGUAUCUGCCGCCAUCACAAGACAAUGGCCCAUUGAUCAGACAGGGAAGGCUAUGAGAGACCUGGAAGGUGUGCUACAUCAUCUACUUGUCUGGCCAGACAUCAAACAUAUUUUCAUCUUCAAUGGUGCGGGAGUAAAUAUUUUGGACCAGCUUACUGAUGAAGCUCAGGAGCUAAUGGCCGUCGCUGACUCUAUCUACACGAAUGUUAUUGAGAAACUAAUGGCAGGCAAUAUCCUAGUUAAACAUGUGGAACUCAUUGUAAAGCACAAGACACAAUUCAUCUCCAUUUAUGAACUGAAAUGCAAGCAACUUUCACCCCAGGAGAAAUCAGAUCAAAGAUCUGAACUAGAAAAAGUUCUUACCUUGAGGCUGCAGGAAGUACUGGCUGUCAAGCGAGAGCAAAAUUGGCUGGGUUCCCUUCUGGACAUGUGCAGGAAAGUUCAAGACUUUGUGAAAGUGUCUAUUGUAGAAAUGGAGCAGAAGCACAGAGAAACUCUAGCUUUAAAAGAAUUGAAUGUAGUUGUGAAAGCAAGAAGUCCAGUUUCUGAUAAUACUGAUAAAAUAGAGACCUAUUACCACCUGAGUCCAGUCCUUAAGGAGGUAUCUAAGCAUAUAUGUAAUAUUAAAGAGAGCCACAUCUUCCAUUAUUGUUGGGAAUUGACAGCCAAGAAGCUGGCAGAGGAUGCUGACAAUUUGGACAGUGAAGAGGACAUUGCCAUUCUCAAUCUUGAUGAAGUGCCUGAUUUCUUGUUUGACCCUUCCUACCGUGAAUUUUGUAGGCUCUACAAUUGCUUGAAAUCCGGAGAGCUCACAUUUGCUGAGGUGGAUGCUCUCUUUAAAGAUUUUGUUAAUGAUUAUGAUGAAGUCAAAAAAGAUUUCCAGAUUAUGUGUGGUCAGCAUUCCCAUGAUGGUGGAGAAUGGAUAGAUGAACGUAUUCAUCAGAUUCAGCAAUAUCAUGAAUUGCAUUUGGCUUUGGACUCUGCUGAGGUUAUUGAAGCAAUCAAGGAAGUUUUGAACCUUUCUGGUGACUUCAAAGUCCUGCUGCAUUUACUGAACUUUAAAAGAAGCUCAAUUCAACAAGAAAAGCUAUCUUCCAUGAGUCCUGAACUGAUGCAUGCUAAGAAACUGCUACAAGACGUCACUGAAUCACGUCGUAGGUGCCUUGAGGAACUUGCACUCAGGAAGGAGUUUGUCAGCUGGGUCAAAGAGGCUCUGGAAGAUAUAAAUGAGCUGAAGGUGUUUGUGGACCUGGCUUCUAUCUCUGCGGGAGAGAAUGACAUGGACGUGGAUCGUGUGGCUUGUUUCCAUGAUGCUGUGCUUGGCUACUCCUCCCUGUUGUAUGAGUUGAAGCGGGAGUCGGGGUUUGAGGAGUUCAUGAACUGUUUAGGGAAAUUGUGGAAAGCCCUGGCAAGUGACAACAAUCUCCCCAAGAAACUGCGUGAUUCUGCAAGAUACUUGGAAUGGCUGAAAACCAUAAAAGAGAGCCAUGGCUCUGUGGAACUAUCAUCUAUAUCACUGGCAACCACAAUCAACGCCAAAGGAAUUUACACAAUCAGGGCACCAACAGAAGGCCAGAAGGUUUUGCUGCACAGUGUCUUGUGCUUGACCAUCCCAGAAAGCCAUGGUGGCCAAGAAGAAGUACGGCGGUACUCUUUUGAAGAGCUGCAAGAAUUAAUGAACAAGCUGAUGCUGAUGUCAGGAAAAGUAGAACAAAGCGCAGAAGUGGAGAAGUUUUCUGAGGUAUUUUCUAGCGUUCAGAGACUUGCACUGUCCUUCAUAGACCUCUAUUCUGCUGGAAACAUGCUCUUCCAAUCUUGGAUUGCUGAUGUAAAUUGCUCACCCAAGAAUGAAUUGUGCAUUAUUAUGAACUUCAAUCUGCAUCCUAGCUGUGACCUUUUGGGAAAUGGAGACAUUACAGAGGUUCUGCCAGCCAUAUGUCGAAAGAUGGAGAGUUUCCUGGAGAGGUGGAAUUUAUUCGUGUCUGAGAAGCGAUCCCAAUACUUUUAUCUGAAUUUCUACACGGCUGAGCAGAUAGUCUAUUUGUGCAGGGAUCUUGGGUCAAAAUGCCCCAGUGAGGCUGCUCUAAUGAUGCUGUCAUUCAUAAAGCACAACUGUAGUAAACAGGAUGUCCAUGAGGUCACCAAACAAAUGGAAUCUAAAAAAUCAAAGCGGAACUUUGAUUUCUUUGAACCGAUGGAAAGGAAGACUGCAGAGUUAACUGUGGAACUAGAGCAUAUCUGGGAAUCCUACAUGAAGAACAUGGACUCAUUCUUUCCAGGUUGCUUGGACAUUGAAACCCUUGGCAUUUUCCUGGAUAAACUGGCAAGUUUGGAGAAGAGGAGUAUUACACGGGUGUUGCCGCAAGGUCUUCAUGUUAGCAGGCCCAACCUCAUUCUUUGCCCUCGCUCUGACAUCUUGGCUUCUACGCUGGCUAUCUACAUGAAUAGCCCAGAGCAGACGCUACCUUCUUACGAUGAGGUCCUCCUGUGCACACCAGCAACCACCUAUGAGGAAGUGGAACUGUUUCUGAGACGGUGCCUCACUCCAGGCUGCAAGGAAAAGAAGGUUUACUCCUUGCUGUUCGCAGAUGAAUUGAGCUAUGAUGUGGGCUACAGGUCUGAGGAACUGUUCCAGCGCCUUCAUUUAAAGCAUCAGGAUGACUAUAGCCUAGUCAUCCUCUGCAAUUGUGAGAGAGAGCACUGCUAUGUCCCCUCAGUCUUCAGUCAGUUCAGAGUUCAUAUGAUCCCUCAGCAGCCCCUGAGGGAUGUCCAGAGUUACCUUGGGAAUCAUUACAAAGCCACACAGUCUGAAAAUUCACCAGCAUCCCUCUUCAAGGACCAAAUGUGCAUUGGGGUGGUAUCUUCCAAGAGAGCUGGAAUGGGAAAGUCCCUCUAUGUAAAGAGGCUGCAUGAGAAAAUGAGAGCAAAACUACAUGGCUUUGAUGUGCCCUUAAAAACCAUUCGACUGAUAGAGCCCCAUGUGGAUGAAAGCAAAGUGUUGAAGAGUCUCCUUCCAUUCUUGGUAGAAAAGUACCAGAAAGAGCCCAUGAUGUUUCAUUUUGAUAUUACUUCCUCAGUCCAGAUGGGAAUUCCAGAAUUUUUGUUCAAGCUGUUAGUUUUACGGUACCUGGCAGACAUAGAUGGGAAACUGUGGCUGCGGAGACAGUGCCACUUGUAUGUCAUAGAAAUUCUUGAAACCACUUCAUCACCCAAAAGAUCAAGAGCUACUUUUCCGGGGUUGAGCUACAACCUUCUAGAUGUGUUUCCCAAAGUAACCUGCAGAUCUCCCUUGAAAGUACUAGAAAGAGACACCCAGAAAGACAGAUCCCAUGACUGCUCAGACCCAGGAAUGGAUCAGGAAUUGUUCUGUAGUGCAGCUUUUCAGAGACCAUUCCAGUACUUAACAAGAUUCUUCAGAGCUGAUAAUCUUGACACAUUCCAGUAUGAAGAAGACUCAGUUGAAGGGACACCAGCAGAAUGCCUACAGUUGCUGCUCAUCCACUGUGGAGUGAAAGAUCCUUCUUGGUCAGAACUGAGGAAUUUUGCUUGGUUUCUGAACCUGCAGCUGAGAAACUGUGAAAGAUCAGUGUUCUGUAAUAGGGAUUUUAUCCAUGAUGCUUUGCAGGGCUUCAAAAAUUUUGUGGUCACCUUCAUGAUUUUAAUGGCAAAAGAUUUUGCAACACCUUCACUUAAUAUUUCUGAUGAGAGCCCUGGGAGGCAGGUGUUUAACAUGGAAGGAGUCACUGAAGAAGAUCUUGCUCCAUUUCGUAUUCGGAGAAAAUGGGAGUCUGAACCCCACCCAUAUAUAUUCUUCAAUGAGGACUCUACAUCCAUGACAUUCAUUGGCUUUCAUCUCAAGCCCAAUGCUAAUGGCGGAAUUGAUGCCAUCAACCCUUUGAAUGGGAGUAUCAUCAAGAAUAACGUGAUGAGUACUCAACUGUACCAGGGGCUGGUUCUUCAGAGAGUUCCAUUCAAUGUUGAUUUUGAUCGGUUGCCCAGGGAUCAGAAAAUUGCGACACUGUGCAUGGUUUUAGGAAUUCAGUGGCCAAUUGAUCCUGAUGAAACAUAUGAGCUCACAACAGAUAAUAUACUGAAGAUCCUUGCUAUUGAAAUGCGGUUCAGGUGUGGGAUCCCUGUUGUCCUCAUGGGAGAAACUGGUUGUGGAAAAACCAGGCUUAUAAAAUUCCUGUGUGAACUGCGUCGGAGUGGUGCUCCUGCUAAUAACAUGAAGCUUGUCAAAGUCCAUGGAGGCACCACAGCAGAUGCAAUUUAUGACAAAGUGCGAGAUGUAGAAGCUAUUGCCAUUGCCAAUAUGCAGCAAUUUCAGUUUGGCACAAUCUUAUUUUUUGAUGAAGCCAACACUACUGAAGCUGUCAGCAGCAUCAAGGAGGUCCUGUGUGAUCACACUGUAGAAGGAGAGCCUUUGAAGCACAAUUCAGGCUUGCAAAUCAUAGCUGCCUGUAAUCCUUAUCGGAAACACACUGAAAAGAUGAUUGAGCGCUUGGAGUCAUCUGGCUUGGGCUAUCAUGUCAAAGCAGAGGAGACCAAGGAUAAGCUUGGCUCUAUUCCUCUUAGACAGCUUGUAUACCGUGUGCAUGCACUCCCACCUAGCAUGAUGCCUCUGGUUUGGGAUUUUGGACAACUGAACAACUCUACUGAAAAGCUCUAUAUACAGCAAAUUGUCCAAAGGCUUAAUAGAUCAAUACCAAUGUCUGAUGAUGAGAUUAUGACAAUGACACAAGUGCUUUUUGAGUCUCAGACUUAUAUGAGGAAAAGGAAUGAUGAAUGUAGCUUCAUCAGCCUCAGAGAUGUAGAACGCUGUGUGGAGGUUUUCAAGUGGUUCUACAGCCGCAGUGAGCUGCUCAUGAAACAUCUCGAGAAGUAUCUUGCAGAGACAAAGACUGCUAAAGGUUUUUCCCAAAGAGACCCAUUCAUUUGGUCCUUGGUUCUUUCAGUUAGUGUUUGCUAUCAUGCCUCCCUGGCAAAGAAAGAGGCAUACAGAAGGGUCAUCAGCAAAAUACUUCCAUCCCCAUAUGAUAAUGAGAAGGAAAUUCUUGAAGAAAUUGGCUUAGUUCAGGAUCUGUUCCUGAAUGGUGCACCUCUGAGGGAAACAAUAGCAAGGAACUUGGCACUGAAGGAAAAUGUCUUUAUGAUGGUUAUCUGCAUUGAACUGAAGAUUCCUUUAUUCCUUAUUGGAAAACCUGGCAGCUCCAAAUCUCUUGCCAAGACCAUUGUGGCUGAUGCCAUGCAAGGCCAGGCGGCAUAUUCUGAGCUUUAUAAAGAGCUGAAGCAAAUUCAUUUGGUAUCCUUUCAGUGCAGCCCACAUUCUACCCCUGAGGGGAUCAUAAAUACUUUCAAGCAUUGUUCUCGCUUCCAAGAAGGAAAGAACCUGAAGGAAUAUGUUUCUGUGGUAGUACUAGAUGAAAUUGGCUUGGCUGAAGACUCUCCCAAAAUGCCUCUGAAGACUCUUCACCCACUCCUGGAAGAUGGAUGUGUUGAUGAUGAUCCGCUCCCUCACAAAAAAGUUGGCUUCAUUGGGAUAUCUAACUGGGCUCUGGAUCCAGCUAAGAUGAAUCGGGGUAUCUUUGUGUCCCGGGGAGACCCAAGCAAGAAGGAACUUAUAGAAAGUGCAAAGGGUAUUUGUGCUUCAGAACGUGUCAUCUUGCAGAAGGUUGAGCAUUUCUUUCCUAUCUUUGCAGAUGCAUAUGAAGAGAUUUGCAAGAUCCAAAAUAAAGAGUUCUUUGGGUUGCGUGACUAUUACAGCCUCAUAAAAAUGGCAUUUGCUCUGACAAAAAGAUUUAAGAGCACGCCUGGUCCCCGUGACUUAGCAGAGGUGGUUCUCCGUAAUUUCAGUGGAAAGGAAGGCAUUGAGGCCUUGGAUAUUUUUAUGUCUAAGAUGGCAGAAAAAGGAAAUGUCCACUGUGAGAACAUCAGUACAAUCAACCUAGUCAAACAGAACAUUUACAGUGACUAUCAGGAAGGAGAAUGCCGGUACCUGCUAGUGUUAACAGAAAAUUAUGCAGCACUACAGAUCCUCCAGCAGACUUUUUUCAGAGAAGCACAGCCAGAAAUUAUUUUUGGUUCCAGUUUUCCCAAAGACCAGGAAUAUACCCAGAUCUGCAGAAACAUCAAUCGAGUAAAGAUCUGUAUGGAGACUGGGCAGAUGGUUGUCCUUCUCAAUCUGCAAAAUCUCUAUGAAAGCCUGUAUGAUGCCCUCAACCAAUACUAUGUUCAACUGGCUGGUCAGAAGUAUGUGGACUUGGGUUUGGGGACGCAUCGAGUGAAAUGCAGAGUGCAUCCAGAGUUCCGUUUGAUUGUCAUCGAGGAGAAAGAGGUGGUCUACAAGCACUUCCCCAUUCCGUUGAUCAACAGGCUUGAGAAACACUACUUGGAUAUCAAUUCAGUGUUGGAAAAGUGGCAAAGGGACAUAGUCAAAGAACUGAAAAAAUGGGUGGACAACUUUAGAGCAGUUAACACAGAAAAGCAUUUGAUGGGCCAGCAAAAAUAUACCCCUUCCGAUGUCUUUGUUGGCUACCAUUCUGACACCUGUGCCUCAGUUGUCCUGCAGGUGACAGAAGAGCUGAAAACAGGCAUUUCUUCUCAGGAACUAAUACAAAAAGUAGAAGAACAGGCCAAGCUAGUCCUGCUGAACUGUGCAACACCAGAUUCGGUCAUCCGUCUUGGUGAUUCAUGCCUUGGUUCCAUUCUGGCACAUCAGUUGGCUGCACUGUACUUUCAGCAACAGCAGCAUGCCUGUCUUGCAGAUUUCCUCCAUGCUUGUCUUGACAGAGAAUCCAGGAAUCGCACAGUCUUUACUGAGAUCACUACUUUCUCCAGGCUCCUGACAGCAGCAGAUACAGAGACUUUUCAGAAAGAAAUGUGUUGUGAUAUGGACAACCUCAAAGUUCUGUUCUUGCAUCAGUUUGACACAGAACACUCAUUUUUGAAAGAAAUUCGGACAUUUUUGAGUGCUACACCUGGAAGGAAAAUCCUGAUUGUUCAGACUGACUUUGAAAAUGGACCUCUCAGUGCCCAGCUUGUUGCCUCAGCCAAAUACUCAGCUGUUAACGAAAUCAACAAAAUAGAUUUGAAUGAUGCCUCAGUAUUCGUUUUCUUCAUCACUAAACUAUCACGAGUUAAAGGAGGAAGUUCCUAUGUGGGAUUUCAUGGAGGACUCUGGCAGUCUGUGCAUAUUGAUGAUCUAAGAAGGUCAAAGGACAUCGUCUCUGAUGUGAGUGCCCUGAGGAAUAUCACCAUCAGCGAGUUGUUUUCUGAAGACAAAGGGAAGUCUGUGGAGAACCACAACUCUAUGAUGGCAGAGGGACUGGAAGAAAAGGAAGAGGAGAUGGAGGUAGAAGUUAUUGCAACACCCAGUCAAGAAACAUUGGCUACCAACAUCUUGGACAGCACCCUCCUUCUAAAGAGCUGUGUGCAAAGUGCAGUGGGAAUGCUGAGGGACCAAAAUGAGAUUGCAAGCCGUAGCACCAAGAGAAUUGAGAUUCUGCUUAGUCUCUUAUCUGAGGAGGAUGACUUGAAAGGCUCUUUUCUGAAAAUAACAAAGAAACGCCUCUCUGAUCUUUUGAUGAAGCAAGAAGAGAGUGUUUACACCAUGAAACAGUGGGUGCUCCAGGAGGCAUCAAACCUAAAUGCCCUCCAGGAAGCAGGAACUUUCAGACACACCCUGUGGAAGCGGGUCCAGCGUGCAGUGACGCCAUUGCUAGCUUAUAUGCUGUCUGUCCUCGACAGAGACUGUAACUUGGACCUACUGGUCAACCCAGUGAUAGAAAAUUGUGUGAAAGAUCUGUGGAUGUACAUUUUCAGUGACCUGAAACUUCUGAACAUCCCUUAUGUCAUGGGUCAGAGAAGCUCCCAAAAGGAGACAGUUCUGGUGCAGAAUUACUCUGAGUUUUCAUCAGCUGUUGGCAAUGAAAUGCCCUUCAGCUGGAGGAUAAAGGAUUAUUUGGAAGAUAUUUUAAUUCAAGCUCAACAUAUUGAAAAUGAAGAUCAUGCCAAGAAGUUUGUGAAUAUCUUUCAGCAGACAGCACUGGGGAAAUACAUUGCCACACUCUCUGAGGAAGAGCAAAACACCCUUUUCCACUGUUAUAGCAGAGACUUCAUCCUUCUAACAAUGGGUGUGACCUCUUAUAAGGAGCUACAUUUGCUGCGAAUGGCCCUUAUAUCAUGCAUAGAGGAAAUAAAGCCAGCAUCCUCCACAGCAGAAGAUGGGGUACUUCCACUCCCCUGGAUCCACCUUGGUUACCAUCAAUUUAGAAAUCGACUGCAGAACUUUACCAGGAUACUUGCAGUGUACCCUGAUGUGUUCGAUGCUCUCGAUAAACAUGCAGGGACAGGAGGCAACAUCUCACAUCCCCAAAUGGUACUGGAUGUGCUUUCUGCAUUGGCUUGCACUGAAAUGUUGCAAGAAAAAUUGUUGAAUUGUAGCCCUGAGGCAUGGCUCCAGCAGGUAAAGAACCUUCAGAUGCCGAUUGAACUUGUGUGUUCAGUAAACUACUUGCACCAUAAUGGGGGCCAAUGUGAGCAACUGCUCCAGGAAGUCAGGAGUCAAUGGAAUCGGGUCUUCUCAGUAUCCCUCUUUGUGGAACAUGUGCUGCUUGAAGCAGAAACAUCAAUUUCAGGGGUGCAGGAUCUGGUAAAGAAGUACACAGUGCAGCUUGGAAAAUGUUUUCAGUGGAAUUCUGAUAUCAAGUCUCAUAAAACAUUCACUGCUGUGAUGGAAGUGCUACGCCAGUGCAAGGAGGCUGUCAGUUUAAUAUUUUGCAGAUAUGGUUUGAAGCCAUGCCCAAUUUGCAUGGGAGAUCCUACAGAGCCAGUGAACCUUCCUUGUGAUCAUGUGUAUUGUCACAGUUGCAUCAAAGUAUGGCUCGUGCCAGAACGGAUGCAAUGUCCAUUAUGCCUAACUAAGGUACCAGAAGACUAUACUCCCACAGUAUCCAAGGAGCUCAGCAUUGCCAUAGGGAAAAAUGCCCAGUUCCGUAAAUGUUGCAACAGUUUUUUUAUAGACCUGGUUUCAACAAUGUGCUUCAAAGACAAUGAGCCCCCAGAAAAAGCUGUGAUCCAGGAACUGCUAAAUCUGCUGUUUGUUCACGCAAAGUAUUUGAGAGGUUCUGCUGAAUCUGAUGUACAUACAAAAUCUCUGUCCCCUUUUGAUGAUGUGGUGGAUAAAACUCCUGUGAUCCGUUCCAUGGUGCUAAAGCUGCUUCUGAAAUACAGCUUCAGUGAUGUGAAAGUCUAUAUAAAAGAAUAUUUAUCGCAAGUAGAAACAAGUCAUCUCCUGGACAAUGAAGAUAAAGUAGAACUGUAUGUGUUAUUUGUCAACUGCUUUGAGGAUUCUAUCUGUAAGAAAUCAGGAGCCUUCUCUGAGGAAAGCAAGACAAACUAUCUGAAAGAUAAUGGACAUUUCUUGAAAAGCUACUUAAAGUUGGGCAGAAGCAGCCAAGAAACCUCUCAAGAAGCCACCAUUGAGUACUUGCAAGGAGUGGCCAGGAUCCGGCAAUUUAUGGAUAUGGCUGCAGAACUUCUCUUUGAACUUCAUGGAACUGCAGGUUCUAGUGAAGAAAUAGAGAAGAAACACUACUUGGAAAGAGUGAUGCAGUUCUGUGAUCAGAUUCAAAAUGACUGGUGCCGGGUUUAUCUUAUCCGAAAGCUUACUGACCUGUGCGGGAUGGAGUUCACACAGAGGCUUUCCAGUGAAACUCAGUUUCAGUGGAUAUUUCCAUCAGAAAUAAUUCAACAGCAACAGAGACAGAAACUUGGUCAGAUUGAUCGAUUCCUGGUAUAUGGCAGAAACUACAGAAUGCUGCGUGAUGCUAUGGGAAAAGCUAUGAUAGAAAGCCAGACACACAAUCUUGCAGCAGCCUUGAAAAUAUGCGAUGGUUCCAAGUCUGGGCAAGCUGUUCAUUUUCUCUUAGCUGUUUUCCAAGAACUGACGUCUCUCUAUGGAUGCAAGGAUCAGAGUCUUCAGCCGAAGCAGGAGCAAUGUGAUAUUCUUAAAGAGUUCAUCCAGAACUCCAGAGUUCUUCCUUCUUCAGAAUGGGAAGCAUUUGCAAAUUAUCUUGUGACUAACAGUCUCCCAUCGCUGUCACUGAGUGCCCAGGAUUCAAGUCACAAGAGGGUAGUCAUUGAAAUGGCUGUUCACACUGCAGCUGUUUUGCUAUCUGGACAGAAUCAACUCCUCGUACCUCUUAGGAAUCUUGCAUUUUCACCCAAUACUAUGCAGAAUGCUUUUCUGCCAACAAUGCCAGAAGAUUUGUUAGCACAGGCUGUGAAGUGGGAGGCAACAGUAGGACUUCACUGGUAUACAUGUCCAAAUGGCCACCCCUGUGCUAUUGGAGAGUGUGGUCGUCCUAUGCAACAAGGUCGAUGUGUUGAUUGUGGUGCUGCAAUAGGAGGCGAAAACCACAGAGCACUGCCAACAUUUCAAAAAGCACACAUUGGAAAUGACAGGACACAAACUGGCCAUGUGCUUGGAGACCCUGGUAAAAGAGUAGUUGAGGUAGCACCUGAGAGGGAGAUGCCUCCAGCUGCCUUAAUUCUGAUCCGCUUGCUCACGCAUUUGGCUUUGCUUCUGGGAGCCACAAAAAAUCCACAGUCACUGCUGCAGAUCAUAAAGCCGGAGGUUCAGGAUCCAGUAAGCUUUUUCCUGCAGCAUAUUCGUAAGGACAUAGAGCAACUGAUGAAUACUCUGGGGAAGAGCGCUGAUGACACUGCUAAUGUCGUCCAUCUCAUUCUGUGUCGCCUUCUUAAGGAGAUCCAAGACCAAGGGCCAGUGUACGUUGAUGGGCAGCUUUCCAAAAGAGAACACAGAAACAAUUGGGAAAGACUUGUUGCACAGACCGUUAUUCUUCCUGAACUAAAGCAGCUGGAUAAAACACUUCUGGAAUUGAAUCAAGAAAUCAGUACAGAUGAGAGACUCUCCUCCAACCCACUGGUGAAACUUAUAUAUGGGGACCCUGCAACCUUCUUAUCCAGACUGCCCAAGAACAGCAUUGUGCACUGUUCCAGGAUGUGGAGCUGCAGGAAGAGCAUCUCAGUUCAGUACCUGAGUCACAUUGUUCAGCAGAAAGGUGGGAAGGAGCCCGUGCCCAUCUUAUGGAAGUUUCUGCAAAAGGAAGCGGAAUUAAGGCUGGUGAAGUUUUUGCCAGAGAUUCUGGCUCUGCAGAAAGACUUAGUGAAGAGGUUCCAGAACAUUUCGGAGGUGGAAUACCGCACAAUUGAAGAUUUUCUUAACAAUCUUCCCUCAGGAGGCAUGAAGCACCUUAUGAUGAACAGAGUGAAAAUAUUUCUGAAUGUGUGGAACAAGUUGAGAUCAUCUUUGGAAACCAGUGGUGAAAUCAAACUCCCCAAAGGUUAUUGUGAUAAUGACCUCACUGUGCAGAAUGAGUUUGAGAUUAUUCUGCCUCGCCGACAAGGUUUAGGCCUCUGUUCUACUGCAUUGUCCAGUUACCUCAUUGCCCUGCACAAUGAUUUUGUCACCUCCAUAGAAAAAGAAACGCCAGAUGCCAACAGGCCUCCUCGUCACAGAUACUCUGUCAGCCCCACCGAAGUGACAGAUCUGCAUGUGAUCGCUUACGAAGUGGAGAGAGACCUGAUCCCACUGAUUCUGUCAAAUUGCCAGUAUAGCUUGGAGAAAGGAGGGGAGGCUGUCCAGGAAUUCGACCUGGCAAAAAUCCAGCAACAGCUCAUCAGAAGAUUCCUGCAAGGGAAGCCCUUGAUCACACUGAAGGGCAUGCCCACUCUCAUGUACAGGCAUGACCGAAAUUACGAGCAUCUCUUCAGUGAACUCAAGAGCAAGCUGAGCCAGAGCUCCCUCCCAAAUUCCACAAUUAGCACGAUCAGUGGGGAGUUGCAGUCAUACAGUGACAUCUGUGAGGCUCUGUCGGUCACCGAAAUUACCUUGGGGUUCCUGGCAAUGGCUGGAGGGGACCCAGAGAUGACUCUGACUGAAUACAUGGAAAAUAUCCUACAGAUGGGCAGUCAGACAAGUGCACAUGUGCUGAAGGCACUGAGUCGAUGUCAGCUAAAGCACACCAUCGCACUGUGGCAGCUUAUUGCUAGCCAUAAAUCUGAACAGCUGCUACAUCUGAAAAGGGAUCCCUUUGCAGAGGUCAGCGCAUCCUAUAAACAUAAGCUCACUAUGGAGAGCACUAAACUCCUCACUGCUUUCCUGGUCCAGGCUGGCAUGGAAUCUUUCCUCCAAGAAUUGCACGAAAUGAUCCUCUUGAAAUUGAAACAUCCACAGGAAGAGUUCAACCCCGUAUGGAGCCUUAAGGAUACGUUUAUUUCAUACCUCGAACAGAAAGACAGCAAAAUGCUUGAAGAGAUAGAGAAUAUGUUCCCAGAAGAAAUCCUACUCUCCCAAUGCAUUGAUGCCUGGAAAUUGGCGGCUACUCUAAAACGAAAUCGAAGGCUUGGUUAAUGCAGCAAAAGAAACUCAUUCCCCUCUCCCCUUGAGGAAAAAAAACUUUUGAAGACCAAAGCACUGGAUUUCAAUGUUGUUUGUUUUGCAAUGAACAAAAUAAAUUAUGGGGCCAAAGAGCUUUCAUAGCUCAAGAAGAUCCUAAAUGAAAGCAUGUACUUGAAAGAAUGAACUGUGAUGCACAAACUUGUGAAGGCAUUUCUGCCUUUGAGAGAUGAAGGAUUUUAAAAAGUAGGAUAGUUUUUCUCUAGAAAAUGCAAGCAGAGGCAAAAACCACAUUCAGAGGAAGGGGUAAACAAAAAGGAAAUGCCUUUUCAGUGUCCAGAGGUAAAAGGUUUAAUGCCAGGGAACCCUCACAAAUAGUCAAACUGUGGGUGGGCGUAGUUGAUAAAUUUAGGUUAUUACCUACUGUACAAACAUGUCUCAUUCUCCUUCGGGUCAUUUAGAAGGGUAAGAGACAAAGCACUGUUCCUUGUACUCCCAAGUGUUCCAUUCUUCCUUCUUUCCUACUAAAGGUGCCUUCCUCUGUGAUUAGAGACAUCAUUUCUUUCUAACUUUUUCCCAUGACGUUUCCCACACCUUUGGUCCCAGACACCUGAACAAGUCAUGUCUUGAUACAGUCAGGGAAACAGUUCAGGUGUCAGCCUUUAAACGUCAUUCCACAUAGACGCAGAGCUGAGUGCACUGGUUUGACGUCGCUCCUCAGACUGUUGGUUUUUUUAAGAGGCAACUAGACUGUCACCUUCCUGCCUUGUUGUUUGCUUGCUUGUUCGUGGUGGGGGAGGGUGAUGAAAAAUACAGUUUUCUGAGCAACCUGAGAUCUCAUUCACAUGACUAAACUACCAUAGCUUAGUUGCACUGGUUUAUACUGCUGUAGCCUGUACCUUACUGCAUUUGACUCCCUGAUAUUAAAUUUGUAACUGAUCCUAACUCAAUAUACCAAAUUUCUUUUUGAGCUGAAAAAGUUGGUAAGUGGAGUGCUAGUUCAAGGACAAUGAGUUAAUCGUAUUUAAGAAGAAUAACGUGUGUUGAAUGUAUGGAACCAUGUCCUUAAUAUGCUUUCAAAAAUUGUAUGUUUUGCAGUGUUUCAUUCUAUUUGGCGCUAUUAUGUUAGCUGAACUCAAUUCAGUAUGUUCAGUAGUUUGAGAUUGCACGUAAGCAUGAAGCAACAACGGAGGAGAUUCUGUGCAAGAGAACAGAUUGCAGAGGGAGGAAAAGAGAAGACCCUCACUUUCACCUUUAUGGUCCACCAUUUAUAGUAUGAAGGAGCAUUUAUUUUUGUUGGAUAUUCAGUGGUGCUUUUAAACAGGUUUACCAAAAUUAUUUGGAUAUAACGUCUCUCUCAGGGUGAAGAAAAUUGAAAUAUGCAAAUAUCAACAGUUGCUUCAAACGACACUGCCCAUCAUGGUGGGUUUUUUUUUUUUUUGCUGCUCUGUUUUGUAUGUGCACUACAAUUAAAAGAUGUAAUAGCUAAUCCUAUCACACAAGCUUAUACUUUCUUCAGUUCCACUGAGCUAUUUCAGGGGUUUCAUCCCAUGUAUAGGCCAAAAUCUGACUAUCUAGUUGGAGCUUCAAUUAUGGCUACUUUUCUGCAGAUGGACACUUGUUUGGCUCAUUUCAGCUUUACAUGACACCUAGAAAGUUGUACAGGUGGGUUACUAGGGAUAACUGCUCUUCUCUUUGAAUGGGAAGGCAGGUAAGGGACAUAGCAGAGGCACAACACCUGUCCUCCUCCUCACAUCAUAUUGGGUGGGUGGUGCAUUGUCCGUGCUGUCACUAGCAAGCCUUGGGUUGCACUAUCAUUUUGCUAUCUGUAAAAUAUGGCUAGUUUUACAGUUGUUAUAGAGACAAUUUUGCAUUUUCCCCUCUUUUAAUAAAACGUUGGUACCAAA